AUGGCUUGGUAUGAAGAGUUUCUUCAAGCUAUUAGAAGCAUGACAUCGGUAUCCCAUAAGAGGACAAAAGCUGCUACAUUCUGGUUCCCUCCCAUGGUUGGUAUGUUGUGUUUGAACGUUGAUGGCACUUAUGUUCCUUCACUACAACAUGGAGGCAUAGGAGGUGUUUUGCGUAAUGAGAAGGGCGAGUUUAUUGCUGGCUUUGCUUAUAGGGUGCCUAAUGUGUCUUCUCCUUAUCAUACUGAGCUGCUUGCUAUUAAAUAUGGGUUGGAGAUCAUUCAGGCACUUGAGGAGGACCAAGAUUUAUCUCCUUUGGGAACUAUUGUUGAAGAAAUUAAAGGUUUGCUAGCUGCAUUGCAGUCUAUAGGUGUUCAUCAUACUUAUAGAACUGCUAACCAUGUUGCUCAUCGAUUAGCAGGUCUUGGUUUUGAUUCUGACAUUCAUAUGGAAUGGUUCUUUCAAGCUCCAGAGUCUGUUCUGGAUGCCCUACAGUACGAUUGUAAUCGUAUGAAUCAUUAA